AUGGACGAGGAAAACAUCAAACAUGUCGACUCGGUCGACCAGAGCGUGCAGGACGCCCGCGAUCUCGCCGCCAUGGGCCACGACCAGGCCUUGACCCGCAAAUUCGACCUGUGGAGUAUGUUGGCGCUCGCUUUUUGCGUCUUAGGAACGUAUUCCACUUUCGCGCAGGACCUCAGUAGCGGUCUCACCAAUGGCGGGCCCAUCACCAUCCUCUGGGGCUUGGUCCUGGUGACGUUCUGUAACCUUUGCGUGGCGGUCUCGCUGGGCGAGCUCGUCAGCAGCAUGCCCACUGCCCUCGGCCAGGCGUACUGGGUGUACCGGUUAUGGAACACUCCGAUGGGUCGCUUUGCCUCGUACCUCUGCGCGUGGAUCAACACGUUCGGCUGGUGGACGCUGACCGCGUCGCAGGUCGCGUUCAUGACCGAGUUCCUGCUCGGGAUGAAGGUCAUGUUCGACGUGGAGUGGCCCGGCGUCGGGCUGGGCUGGCUGCAGUUUGUGAUCUACGUGGGCUUGGUGCUGGCGCUGACCCUGGUGAACGUGGUCGGGUGUCGCCGCGAGAAGACCCUGCCGUGGUUGAACAAUUUUGUUGGGGUGUGGUUUACCGCGCUGUUCGUCGUGCUCUCGCUGGCGCUGCUGAUCUCCGUCGGUACAAAGCACGACCUCCACUUCCAGCCCGGCAGCUUCGUCUUCGGAACGUGGAUCAACAAGACCGGCUGGAGCGACGGCGUGGUGUGGUUUACCGGCCUGGUGCAGGCGGCGUACGGUCUCACGGCGUUCGACGCGGUCAUUCACAUGGUCGAGGAGAUCCCUGCGCCGCGGAUUAACGCGCCCAAGGUGACCUACCUGGCCGUGCUCUUCGGCGCCUUCACGGGCUUCAUUUUCAUGGUGGUGUGUUUGUUCUGCAUCCAGGACGUCGACUCGGUGGUCGACUCGCCCAGCGGCUUGCCCUUCAUCGAGCUCAUGCUGGAGACCGUCGGCUUGCGCGGCGGCGCCGUCCUCCUCUCCUUCUUCAUCUUCAACGGCGUCGGCCAGGGCAUCAGUAUCCUGACCACGGCCUCACGCCUCACCUGGGGUUUCGCCCGCGACGGCGGCCUUCCGUGGAGCCGAUACCUGACCGUCGUCGACCCGCAGUGGAAGGCGCCCGUGCGCGCCCUCUGGGCGCAGGGCUGCCUGAUCGCGCUCAUCGGCAUCCUCUACCUCUUCGCCAACACCGUCCUCGAAGCUAUCCUCAGCGUCAGCACCAUCGCGCUGACCAUCUCGUACGCGCUGCCGAUCGCGGCCCUGCUCAUCGUCGGCCGCGAUCAACUGCCUCAAGGCCCCUUCCGACUCGGCCGCUGGGGCCCCGCGGCCAACUGGAUUAGCAUCAUCUACUGCGCCAUCACGACCGUGUUUUUCUUCUUCCCGGGCUCGCCGGACCCGGCGCCGGGGGACAUGAACUACGCCAUUGCGGUGUUUGGGGUCAUGCUGGUGGUCGCUGUGGGGUUCUGGUUCGUGCAGGGGAGUCGCACGUAUCUACAGACGGAGGAUGCGAUUGCGCAGAUGGUGCUGGCGCAGCAGUUGGAGAUGGAGACGAUGGAGACGAUGGAGACGGUGGAGCCACCGAAGAAGCAUAAUGAUUGA